CGCUCGAAAGAUGGCGUGCUGGCAGCUUGCAGAUGACGUAAAAAUACCUCGCCCUCAAUGCCCAUUCGCCUGUUCCUGUGCGCGCGAAUUCUCUUGUGUCUGGGUCUUUGACGCGGUCGCGCGCCCCAGACAGCUCGUCUUGGCCGCUGCUUCGUUCCAUUGCUUAGGACAGGAAGCUGAUUGGCUGGUUCCGCUGAGCCUGCGCGGACGUUAGCUAAAGCGGAGAGGUAAAGGUGAGCGUGCAAGCGGAGGCGGCCGCAUGACGGAUCCCAACAGGGAAACCGACAGAACGGUGAAAGUAGGCGGAGGAAGCAUGUGGGGUCGGGGCCAGGGUUGCCGUCAUGCUUCUGUGCCCUGCGCCUCCACCCAGGUCCCGAGGCGCUAACGGUUGAUAAAAGGUGAACGUGUAGCCCCUCCCCGUCUGUAAUCUGUGGCCGUUAAAGCGGAAUUGUCUGCGCAUUUGGUCGGUGCAUACCCGCUUUCUCCUCAGUGCCCUGUGUGCCAUAGAAGGCGCCAUGAGCCUCCCACAGUUGGAGGUAGAUGACGAGAGGCAAGACAGACAAGCGGGCAAUGGUACAGGAAUGCCUAACGACGAGGUCGCUGAAGACUUAGCAGAGCAAGGGGGAAAUGGGCGGGAAGAGCUGCGAAGCCCCGCCCCUGCGCAGCAUGGAACCUGUUCAGCGAAGGAGGCACAGGCUGGCCCUGGCGCAGGUUCUACAGGAAGUCUAUUCAGGCGAUUGAAAAGCAGGUGUCUGACAAGAGGGCCAUGUGUGGACCCUGCACGGGACAAUUAUAGGACAAUGACAAGCCUGUAUAACUCAAUUCAGCCAGCUGACUCUGUGAACCUGAGCACAAGGACCCACGGUGCUGUGUUUAACCUGGAAUACUCACCAGACGGGUCUGUUCUUACUGUUGCAUGUGAGCAAACUGAAGUUCUUCUCUUUGACCCCUUGUCUUCAAAGCAUAUCAAAACACUUUCAGAAGCCCAUGAAGACUGUGUAAACAACAUCAGGUUUCUCGAUAACAGAAUGUUUGCCACGUGCUCUGAUGACACUACAAUAGCACUUUGGGAUUUAAGAAAGUUAAAUGCCAAGGUGUGUACUCUGCAUGGUCAUACUAGCUGGGUGAAGAACAUAGAAUAUGACACAAACACAAGACUCUUGGUAACCUCUGGAUUUGAUGGAAAUGUAAUCAUCUGGGAUACAAAUCGAUGCACUGAAGACGGAUGCCCUCACAAGAAGUUCUUUCACACACGUUUCCUCAUGCGAAUGAGGUUAACUCCUGACUGUUCAAAAAUGCUGAUAUCUACUUCCUCUGGCUAUCUGUUGAUUUUGCAUGAUUUAGAUCUGACAAAGUCCUUAGAGGUUGGCAGUUACCCCAUCCUAAGAGCAAGAAGAACAGCAUCCACUUCUGAUAUAACCACUUCGCCUACUUCAGACUCCAGGCCGCCGGGCUCCCCCUCCCAUCACAGCGACCUGGGCCCUCUGUUUGAGAAGCAGAGCUCCCGUUCUUCACAGAGAGAAGGUGCUUCCCCUCGAAACAGUCUUGAGGUUUUAACUCCAGAAGUGCCAGGAGAAAGAGACAGAGGAAACUGCAUCACCUCAUUACAGCUUCAUCCAAAAGGAUGGGCCACGCUGCUUCGUUGUUCCAGCAAUUCAGAUGAUCAGGAGUGGACCUGUGUAUACGAAUUCCAGGAAGGGGCUCCAGUACGCCCCGUGUCGCCUCGCUGCUCGUUGCGACUGACUCACUUCAUUGAAGAAGCCAACGUGGGGCGAGGCUACAUUAAAGAAUUGUGUUUCAGCCCGGACGGCCGUAUGAUCGCAUCGCCGCACGGUUACGGGAUCCGCUUAUUGGGAUUUGACGCUCAGUGUAAUGAACUUGUAGACUGUUUACCGAAAGAAGCUGGGACUCUACAGGAAAUUCGCUCCUUGUAUUCUCACAAAGAUGUUGUCCUAACAACAAAGUUUUCUCCCACACACUGUCAGAUAGCUUCGGGGUGCCUUAGUGGGAGGGUUUCCUUGUAUCAGCCGAAGUUUUAGGUACAAAUUAUUGUUCUCUUCAGGGUCAGGACUGGAAUAUCGUUCAUCGGCCUUAUCUUGAUUUCAAACUUUUUAUUGAGAAUUGACCUACACAGAACAGCAGAAGUGCAUGGCCUAUAUUGUGACUGGUUUUGACAGAGCGGGUCCUGUGCACCCUGUUGCCACUUCACCAUUUAGAUAGCUAUAGUCUUGAUGUACGCUAGCCGUCUUUCACAUUUAUGCUGUAAGAACAUAAUUUUAUUGGAUAUUGUCAUGUUCAGUAUUUCUUUGGUUCCUCUCAGAGGUAUCGCAUAUGAAAUGAAACCUGUCUUAUUAAAGCACAAUGUGCUGCGACACUAAACAAAAAUGCAAAAAAUGUCCCCUGUUAUUUACAGGUCU